UCAGAAUGUAUGCGCUUGUAACGCACCCAUUCUUCACGUUCUGUCCCGUCGAUACAGGCCGUUAAAAGUAUGUGUAGCCUCUAUCACGGUCCUAUGCUGUACUGCCGAAAGCCGCAGCCACCUGUGUGUACAACGAACCACUCAGGUAAGGCCUGACCACAGAAGUAGCCGUGUGGGACGUGUCUCUAAAGAUCAGAGGGGCCAGCACACAUUUCGACAGUUGUAGUGAGAGAAUGAGAGAAGCGCUGCUUCCUCGCAGAUUAAGCGUCUUUAGGUCGCCUCGCACCACUGACAAACCUCUACUGAAACGUCAAUUUAUCUCAACAACGACAUUCAAUGAGACAUUUUAGUUUGUUUGUAGUUGUUUUUGUUUUUUUACGUCAACGUUCACAAUGUUACCCGCGAAAUAUCGUAGUGUCCUAGUUCUCUUCACAGCUUUUUGGUUUUACGCAUCUUUUUCCCACGGCAGCGGAUUUAGACAUUCAACCAUCUUGGACCCUCAUGGGAAAUACCAUCUAAAGUGGAGGUUUGACCGGGGAACAAUUACUUUCGAAAUAGAAGUGGAAACGACAGGAUAUGUAGGAUUUGGUCUAUCUCCCAACGGUGCAAUGGCGUUGUCGGAUAUUGUCAUUGGUGGAGUCACAGAUGGAAGACCCUAUCUACAGGAUUACUUUGCAGACGCCAAGAGAAAAGUGCAUAGAGAUGUUCAGCAGAACUACAGGCUGGAGUAUGGCAGGGAGAACAAUACACACACUGUCCUGGCUUUCAGCAGGGAUCUCCUGACCUGUGACACAAAUGACAAGGACAUCACGGAAAGCACAGUGAGGGUGAUAUGGGCCUACCACAGUGACGAUGUGGGACCGUCAGGACCGAUGUACCAUGGAGUGAACAGGGGGAGGAAGAGUAUGCGGCUACUCGACCCAGGAAGUAAAGUUAAUAUUACCUCUGGGACCGACUUUUUCAACUUGCAAAACAUAAACGUGCCAGUGCCAUACAAGGACACUACCUACUGGUGUCAGAUAUUUCAGAUCCAGGAGGUACAGCAGAAGCAUCACAUAAUUAGAAUUGAGCCUUUGAUUCAAAGGGGCCACGAAAACCUGGUUCAUCACAUUUUGUUGUAUCAAUGUGAUAGCAACUUGAAUGAGAGUGAGCUCGGUGCCAGCCAUGAAUGUUACCAUCCAAAUAUGCCUGACUCAUUUCUCACCUGUGAGACGAUAGUCUUCGCCUGGGCCAUCGGUGGUGAGGGGUUCACCUAUCCUCCCCACGUUGGUCUGUCCAUUGGCACAGCAAUAGACCCUGUCUAUGUCCUGAUGGAGGUCCACUAUGACAACCCAGCCCUUCAACAAGGAGUGGUGGACAGCUCUGGCCUGCGUCUCUUCUACACCCCGGAGCUGCGGCAGUAUGAUGCAGGUGUGAUAGAGACAGGUGUGUGGGUCAGUCUGUACCACAUGCUGCCUCCAGGCAUGCAGGAGUACGUCUCCGAAGGACACUGUACCCGCGAGUGUCUGCAGGAGUCCCUAGGCCAGGAGAUGCCCAACGGAGUGAGGGUGUUUGCUGUUCUGAUGCAUGCCCACCUAGCUGGCCGCGCCAUCAGAACCAGACACUUCCGGGAGCAGGAGGAGCUGCAGCCCCUGUCACAUGACGAGGAGUUUGACUUCAACUUCCAGGAGUUCCAGCUGCUGAAGGAAGAGAGGCUGCUGCUACCUGGUGACCAUUUGAUCACAGAAUGCAAGUACACCACAAAAGGCAGACAAAACAUGACCUGGGGUGGUUUGACCACCAGGGAUGAGAUGUGUCUGUCAUACCUGCUCUACUAUCCCAGAGUGAACCUGGCCAGGUGUGAGAGCCUCCCUGAGAUCACCGGGCAGCUCAAGUUCAUUGGAGUCAAAGAGAUCCAGGCCCCUGUCACGACCUGGCCUUUCAUGAUCAAGAGCCCAAAGAAGUAUAGCAACCUGUCCUUCACAGAGGCCAUGGACAAGUACAGGUGGUCAAAGAAAAGAGGGAAGUCCUUCAACGAGAUGGUUCUACAGCUGCCCAUGAACGUGCGCUGCUCCAAGUGGGGGCAGGACGAGUGGUCGAUUCAAGGGACGUUAGUGUCACCACCAGAGAUGAAGUCUGAAGUCAAGCCUCCCUCCGUGGUGUGCCGUUCUGCCUCAGAGCCACACAGCGGAGUGGUUUUCCUCUUUACAUUGUGCCUCACAUACUCCGUAGUCCAGGCCUGUUUAAGCCUUUAGCCUGUAGCCUAUAGCCAUGCAACUGUGUGAAUCACACCACUCCCUGUGUAUUAGAAGGACUCUUCCAUCAGAUGUGCUGAUGUUGACAUGGUGGAUUUUUUGGGGGGGGGGGUUUAUUGUCGAAAUAUAUAUAUAACAUACUUUUAAAAUGUUUUAUGCCCAAGAGUUAAUAAAUGUUUAUUUAGAGUUGUAUUUUGGAAGUAGUAGUAAUACCUAUGCCCAAGAAGGUCAAGUUUAGGUAGGUAGUUAUUUACGUUGAGUGUAAGACCCUUUUUGCUAGUAUUGCCCAUGACACAUUCUUCAUAUUCUUCUAUGAUUUAUGGAUAAAUUGCCCAGAAUUUAGGCCUGCAAUAUAGCCCCAAAUACCAGUCAAUUUCUCCAGACCUGAUUCAAAUAAGGCUACAUAGAAACAUAUAGUUGGCUCAGGGUAGUUUCAGUACUGUAAGGCCACUGUUACAGCCUUGGUCACCCUGGUACCGCUAGGAACAUCUCUCCCUAAGGCCGCAGUGCUGCCAGCACCGCUAGUCCGACUUACAGUGAUUACUCUGGCUGAGUAACUCCAAUGUGACAAUGUCCCAUACAGUCGCAAACCAGGGCAAAAAGGAAGGUCUCAUUCUUGCUUUUCUGUUAGGAGUAGUUGGAGAGAAGAGUCAUGGAAUAUGGAAUGCUGUGUUAUUUCCAGACCAUGUGGAUGACAUUGGAUGAAUGGUUGAUUGAAUGGAUGAGUGGAUGGAUUUUGUUCAUCUAAUGGAUACAGCAAGAUACAUCAAUGGGAUAGUGACGGUAAAGAAGGUAUGUGAAUUAUUAGAUUACAUGGGCCAUUUAUGAAAAGGUAUUACCAUCAUUAUCUUUUACUAAGUUAUUGAUUGUUUUGUUUCUCUUUGUGCCUCUAGUUAGGCGUGGAUAGCUAUGAAAGGGAGGUUUUCCGAAUGGGGAGACGAAUUUGCCACCAAUUACAGUCUGGGAUUGAUAUGAAUUGUUUGAGAGAGUCAUGGGUGAAAACAUGACCUUUUUUCCCCCGUUCGGCUACCUCUCUGUCUGACAGUUCUUCUGUCUAUGUUGUUCAUUGAGUCUGUGCCGACUUUCCACUCUGUUUCUGUGGUGACAUAGAGGUGAUACCAUAGAAUACUGAAAGUAUGAGAUAGUAUCCAUCCACUCUCUCUCAAAACUGGCAAACCAAGACCACCCAAAUUUAAAAAGGGAUUUUAUUUAUUUAUGCCAAAACCAGAAAUCCAAGUUAAUUGAGGAUUCCCUGAUAGUCAUAUUGGUCUGUAUGCACUGAGGUGACCUUUAAAAAAUAUAUUUUUUCACCCUGUGUAAAUCCAAUUAGUAUAAUAAAACAUCUUCAUCAAAA